AUGGAAAUUCACGACACUGGAUCUGAAAUCAGCAUACCGCCUUAUCGGUCCAAAUGCCUGGUAUAUGACAUCGCUCAAAGCGGUAUCCUCUUCAAUAAUACCAGUAAACGUUUACUCCAGAACAUACCCAAAUGCAUCAUAUACAUGGAUGACAUCCUCAUUAUAACCCCCAUUCACGAUACAUCACUUAUUUUUCAGACUCUACGCAUUUUGCAACAAAAUAGAUUGAAGAUUAAUAUCCACAGAUCAUAUUUUUUCCAAGACACUUUAACAUACCUGAUCUAUCAUGUAUCUAAUGCCGAAAUCCAAAUGAAUACAGAAAUAGCCAAUCAAUUGGCUCAAAUGAAACAACCUGCUACUAUCACCGACCUCCGCUCUUUGAAAAGAAAAAUAUUAUACUUACGAAAUUUUAUUGGACUUUGUGCAGUUAUAUAUGACAAGGAGCAUAGUGACAUGUCCGAAGGAUUAUGGACGCCAAAAAAAGAUCUGACCUUAAAAAGAGUCCAAUCAUCAAUCCGCGACGCCCGUAUACUUUAUUUUUUAAUCCAACCACUGAAUCUUUAUGCAUCCAAGCUUGGUCAGAGCAAGAAGUUUUGGCCGGGAUUCUCUGGAGUAAAAAUCGCAAUACCAAAACCUAUACCCUUCUCAAUACCUUUUCCCUAUAACGGUUGCCCACUUUUCCUGGUAACAGAUAAUUUUCCCAGUUUCAAAGAUUCCUCUUUCUGUGCCAUGCUAAAAGGUAAAGGCAUCACACCCUUUUAUAGCCCACUAUACUUCCCACAAUCAAAUAGAUUUGCCGAACGUUGUAUAAAAGUAAUCAAGGAUGGUCUAUCAAAGAGUCAAUUAUCCACUUUUGAUUUACGUCUCCAAGAAACCUUACUCAACCACCAUCAAGGUAGCACUGAAAUGGAGGGUAAAUCUUCAACCCAACGCCGUCUAAAUGUUCUCGCAGAUUACCACAUUCUAAACGACAAUAGCCACGAAAAAAGUUUGGACCAACCAAUUUGGUUCAAGACUCCAAAUAUGGACAGUUGGCAGGAGGGCACUGCAAUUUAUCAAUUAUCCAAAGACAUCUUCAUCAUCCGCCAUAGACCACAAAGAAACAGUUAUAAGAGGAUGCCAUCUAAAAAAUUGCAUGGACAAAGACUGCGCCUGUAUCGUACAUUCUCUCAUCAAUACUACUUCUAUACCAGCAACCAUUCUACACCCAGAUACAAUCCAACCUUUCACACCUCUCCUACCGCUUUAUCACAUUUUCACCCUUCAGGGGAGGGGGGGAGGAAGAAAAGAAUCCAAAAAUACAAAUCAGCACACUCAUCGAGUCAGUCUUCCAAAUAG